UCACCGGUCCAAUCACAGGCCCUGUUGUUACUGGCUCCCCAGCCGGAAGUCCUCGGUUCAUGUUCGGUGGAAACAUCGUGGACGUGUUUGAAUAAACCGGAGAAUCCGCUCGUUCCGGCUCCAGCUGCCGCUGCAGCCCGGUCCCCGGUGCUCCACGGAGCGGGAGCUAACCGGACAGCUAGCCGCUAGCUCGGGCCCGGUCACAGCUGGUUCCUGCUUGGGGCAGUGAAUGUCCAACAUGAGUGUGGAGCCAGACGCGCUGGCUGUGGUCAACCAGCUGAAGGACCUGGCUGCCGACCCCAUGAACCGCAGGGCCAUCGUCCAGGACCAGGGCUGCCUGCCGGGACUCAUCCUCUUCCUGGACCACCCAAACCCUCAGGUGGUCUACGCCGCCCUGCUGGCGAUUCGUUACCUGGCAGAAUGUCGAGCCAAUCGGGAGAAGCUGCAGGGGGGGCUGGGGAUGAUGCUGAGCCUCCAGAGUGUCGUACAGAAGUGAGUCUCCUCGAUGUGACGUGGACACGACUCCGACUUUAAAGCACUGCAGCCAAAUCCAACACAAUCGAAGUUACUGGUGAUAACUUCUUCAAACGUAAAAACACAAUGUCGUGGCAUUUCUGCAAUACCACUUUAACAACGAGAGACGAGACACAAUUCUCUUACAGUAUUGUCGCACUUGAUGCUCAGAGCAUGGUGCACCAUCGAAGAUCGACCACUCCCGGAGAGACUAAGCUGCUGGCGUCUGAGAUCCACGAGCUCCUGCAGGCGACCUGCCACGCGGACUCUGAACCGGACCAGGACGUUGUCAGCAGUCGCCGCAAAGCCCAGUUCUUCCUGGGCUCCAGCAACAAGAGAGCCAAGACGGUCAUCCUCCUCAUCGACGGGCUGGACGACUGGAGUCGGAGGAGUCUGUGUGAGGAGGUUCUGCUGAAGAUCACAGGAGUGAUCAGCUUCACCUUUCAGAUGGGCGUGAGGAGGUGCAUCGUCCGGGUCCGGGCGGACCUGAAGGCCGAGUCUCUGGCGUCUGCGAUCGCCUCCACUCAGGUGAUGAGUGCUCAGCAGGUGGUCAAAGGAGAACGUGGAGACGAGGUGUUGGUUUCAUUUGUGGAGAACGGCUCAGCGGAGGUGGAGCAGAACCUGGACUUGCCCGACUACCUGCCAGAGGACGAGAGUCCCUCUCAGGAACCCGACAAGGCGGUGACCCGGGUGGGGUCCAACCAGGACGGGGCCAGCUGGCUCGGGGCAGCCACCAACUUCCUCUCCCGCUCCUUCUACUGGUGACCUCCCAUUAAACCUCCUGCCUCCUCUCGGAACCAAGACCUACCAGCUGCCAAAUCCCAGCGCUGUCAGUGUGAAACUAAAACUGAGAACUAAAAACAGAGGCGAUCCGUGAAGAUGAAAAGUUACGGGGGCCGCAGUCGAGAGGAAACCAUCUCCAUCAAUCCCAUCGUGGUUUGAAGUUCCUGCUGGAGAGCUGUGAAGAACUCUCUCAACUGGUCUUACUAACUAACUGCAGGCAUCGUGAAGGAGCCGAGCAGACCCCAACCAGUUAGACUAAGGAGUCAUGAGCCGGUCGGCGCUGGCCUCUUACCUUUUGUUAUUUAUUUGAGUUUGAGGUCAGCUCAUCCUUCACUUCCUGUCAUCCACAGACGUCCUGCUCCGUUUUCUCUCAUCUGUCCAUCAGUCUGGAGAAGAGUCCAGAAGUCACAUGAUCAGCAAACAGGAAGUAAAACUUAAGAAAUCUUGCGCCUGUAACAGAAACUCCUCUGGCCCCGGAUGUUACUGCGUUGAUGUGUGGACAGAGUGUUAGUGGUGAAAGGUGACCUCGAUCGGGGGGGUCAAGAGAACUGACUUGUGACUUCGUCAUCAGCGACAGGACGUGGCUUUUAUUUCUGAAUUUCUCUUUCUGAUUUUGGAAUGCCUUUAAACUCAACUUUUAUUUUCUCACUUCCUGUGGACCAGGCCAUGAACUCUUGUCUAUGUUCCUAUGUUCUAUGUUCUACACUUCAAAACUUCUCUCUCAACAACACCCCCUUCCGUUAGAACCCCCCUUCAAAAUAAGAGUCCCAACCAACACCCGGCUAAUAACAGGAAUUACACGAUCACGAGUAGCGCUUGUUGUUGAAUCUUCCAUGUAGAGGACGGCUAGCUGCAAAUAGUGAGCUAUUAAUUAUUUAUAUGGCUGCAAAGGGGAAGUGUGAAUGACCGGGAGGCUUACUGCUCGGUCUGUAGAAAGAAGAUGACCGGUAGCUUCAAUGGGGAUCAACGCGCUCCGGUCACAUGUGCGAGGCGCUAGCUACAAAUCCGCUGGGAGCCACCAACGCUGCACACUGCAGAAGUGUUGUGGUGGCUCGACACAACAGUAACACAACUCCCACUGAGCUGGUGCAAACUGAAAAGUUGUUGGAAACCAAAGCAACUGAAUUGAGGCACAGCCAUGAAUCAUAUUUGUAAGAAGUGAGCACUCCCACAGCUCAGUUAGUUUUGUCCAUGUUUAAAGUUUACACGCGUACAUUUUUGAGUUCUAUUAUUAUAUGAUAACGCUUGGAGGAUGAAGCAGAUGGCAAUUUCCUUCUGGUGAGAUACCAGACUAGUUUCCCUGUGUGUGUCAGUUAAACACUGACAGGCCACAUGGUGGCUCUCUUUGAGAAAGCUGUAGCAUUAUAUCAGUGACAAUGUUGAUCUGAUUUGUGUUAUUAAUGCUGCAAAAUAGUUUUAUUAUUUAAAGUGUUAUAAAAGUGCCUAUUGCAGAGUUGACUGAACCAUUUACUGCUCAGUGUGUCUGUGCAGUGUUUCUCACACCACCAGUAGAUUCUGACAUAUUAAUUUCAAUCUAUGCUCUUAAUCUGUCUCUCAAAGUGGAACAGAUUGAUGCAUCUUUACUUUAAAAUGUACUAUAUCCUCUUCCAAGAGGGUCCAGGGUCCAUCCACCAUGAUCUCUACAAACCCUGUGGGAAACACUGGUGUGUGCAUGUGUGCAUAGUAACUCAAUUUCUUCUUUUGAGCUUUAUCCCCUCCCGGCCUAUCUGAAUUCUGUUGUGUAGAUACAGUGCUGCAUAGAAGUUCUGGCAAACUUCAUUUUGCAAUCUCAAACUCAAUAGUGUCGCUGAUUAGACCGGUUACAGCUCCUAGUGGCGCUGGGGUCUUGAAAAAUAUUAGAAUUGUAUUAAAAAGGUCUUAAAGUAUUGCAUUUAAUCUCAGGAUUGCUGCAUAUACCCUGGAUUUCUUCCUGACAUCAAACCGCCACAAGGUUUUGACCAUUUUUCACAUUUUAACCUGAGGUUGAUGUUUUUACGGUAGAGUUUUUAACUGGUCCAUGUUACACAUGAUUCAUCCCCAUUCACACCUGACGUUAUUCACCUGGGUAAUCGGAUUACACCCAGUCUGAUCACAUGACAGUUCAGGUGUAGAUCCACCUCAGUGAGGCAGAUUGUGUUUGGACUCAUUGAACCUCAUGUCAGAAGCCUUCAUACAAACAGGGUUGUGGUUUAAUGGUGCGUUUGAGGAGUAGUUGCACCAGUAACCAGUUUUCUUACAGGUAUGAACAGAAUUUGAGUUUUAAACUCGAGUUCGGACGCCCGACGGUCACAGUGUCUAGGUCAUGUAUCAUUUUAUUUAUUUUUAUUUAUUUAAACUACAUGUGUGUGAUCAGGGAAAACAUCUCAUUCAGACAGAAAACAGAACGCCUGUCGAUUUACUCCAAUAUGCACAGGUGGCGUUCAGCGUGGUAAUCAUCUCUCUUUUCUGAAGCUGAAACUGAGUCACACAAACAAAUGUAAGAGGAACUUAAAGUACAGGCAGCAAAGAACGUGUGAACCUAGAACAGUCCAAGCUUUCUUAGUGUGAUUCUCAGUCAUCCAGGUCAAGGUAUGUUCAGGACAUGUCAAUAUCACAAAGUUUAAAUAAUCCUUUUGAACAACAAGAUCACAAACUGAGAUGAAGCUUCAGCAUGAAACACACACUUUAAUCUUGUGUGAAUAAUUUCCUUCAAAGUUUACAGACUCUGUUUAACUGACAGUGAAUCACAUGGGGAAAAUAAAAAGUUACUGAAUUGAUUUUC